AUGACUGCCCGGCCGACAACACCAAUGUCCCCAAAGACCGCCAAGGUCAAGUCGCCAGUUCCUGGAAUACCGGUCUUUGGAUGCGAGCACAUCCAACGGCUCUUCACACAGUCUCAGGAGGUCACAACCCAGUCUGUCCACCACUAUAAGAUGAUCCUGAAGAACAUCUUUGAACAGACACCCAUUGUACCACAGACGUCUAAGAACUCUGACGGUCAGGUCAUGACCUCCCUCACAUCCAACUACCUCUGCCUGCAAUGCUCUACAAUUGUCAACGAGGAGGAUCGUCUAAAACAUGGCACGAAGAAGCAGCAUCGGUUCUAUGUCGAUUCACGCAGCGGUGCUCUUUAUUGCCAGAUCUGCGAUGACCUGGUCUGGGACCCCACAUUGGAAGAGCUUCGUGUCCGCAAGAUGGGAACGGGAACUUUUUCGAGUCGCAAGAGGAAACAUGAUGAGAUGUUUUCUGAUGGUGUCAAGGACAGUACUGCAAGCAACCCCGGCUUCAUCUCCAACAACACCACCACUGCCUCUUGCAAAGCAAACGGUCUGCGUGGUAUCUACAAUGCUGGAGCAACAUGCUACCAGAACGUGGUCCUACAGAGCUUCCUCCACAAUCCUUUGCUCCGCAACUUCUACCUCAGCGAUGGUCACCAGAGUACCGACUGCUCAUUGACUAACUGCCUCAGCUGCGCCAUGGACGACAUGUUCCAGGACUUUUACGCCGUUGAGAACACUAAUGGAUUCACAGCCGCGAGUAUUCUUUCUGGAUUCUGGAUAUCUGAAAAGAAGGCGUUCGAGAACCUCGUUACCACCAAGGAGCAGGAUGCCCAUGAAUUCUUUCAGUUCCUCGCCGAGGAGCUCCAUGAGCGCAACGGGGACGGCAAGCGGCCCGAGACUGGCAGCGAACAUACGUGCAAUUGCAUCAUCCACCAGACGUUCUACGGCAAGCUACAGAGUUCUACCACCUGUCAGAACUGCGGAGGGGUCACCAACGCGGUGCAGUCGUUUUUGGAUCUCAGUCUUGGACUGGAGAACCUGUCUCACAAGAGGAAGAAGGGUGGUCCCAAGGUGCCCAGUUUGACUCUCCAGGAGUGCCUAGAUGAGGAGUAUGUCAAGUCGGACAAGUGCGAGUACCGAUGCCACAACUGCAGCUCGAUGCAGCAGGCGAAGCGGGCCACCAGUAUUAAGAGGCUGCCGAACGUGCUCGCCAUUCAACUGAAGCGCUUCGAGUACAAGCAGGGUCGACAUGACCGCGCUCCCUCAAAGAUCGACACAGUUGUCAACUUUCCUCUGCAGCUCAAUAUGCUGCCAUAUACAACCAGGGGCAGAGGCGCGGACCCCAAGGACGCGUUCGAGCUCGGAAGAUCAUGCACCUACGACCUACUUAGUGUUGUGGUUCACGUUGGCGAGAUCGACACGGGUCACUACGUCUCGUACUGCCGAGUAGGCGACCAGUGGUUCAAGUUCAAUGACCACAAAGUCGAGAUGGCGCCCAAGUCGGACGUACUGAGUGCCCAGCCAUACCUACUCUUCUACAUUAUCCGCUCCCUUUCGUAG